AAGUGGCGGCGUUGGUGGUCCCGCAGUGAUGAGUGAGCCGGGCCCCGCCGCCGGCUGCUGACUCGGGUGCCAGCUUGACAGCCAUGGAAACUGAAGCUCUGUAUUGGCAGAACAUAUGCAAUAUGGGCAGCAGUAUUGCUCAGUAGCAACUUCCUUAUUGAUUAAGUGGCACUGAUGAAUUACCAAGGGAGUUCUCUCCAGUUGUUCUAGACCUCUUAGGAGGAGAAGAAAAAUCAUGUGAAGUAACAGAAUUUAGUAUCUUCCAAGACAGCGAUGGCUGUUUCUCUACAUUUUGAAUAUGGAGGCCACAGGAACAGAUGAAGUAGAAAAACUAAAAUCAAAGUUUAUGUCUGCAUGGCAUAACAUGAAAUACAGUUGGGUAUUGAAAACAAAAACUUACUUUAGUAGAAAUUCUCCAGUGUUCUUGCUGGGAAAAUGUUACCAUUUCAAAUCUGAUGAACCCAGUGAAGCUUUUCCAGAUGGCUCUAGUUGUGAUACUUUCAACAAAGCAAGUUCAGGAAAUGUAGAAGAGUUCCGUAAAGACUUUAUUUCUAGAAUAUGGCUAACCUACAGAGAAGAAUUUCCUCAGAUACAGGGAUCUGCAUUGACAACAGACUGUGGUUGGGGCUGUACACUGAGAACUGGCCAGAUGCUGCUGGCUCAAGGGCUUAUGCUUCAUUUUCUAGGGAGAGCCUGGACUUGGCCAGAUGCAUUGGACAUAGAAAAUAUAGACUCUGAAUCAUGGACAAGCCACACAGUAAAAAAGCUGACUGCAUCAUUCGAGGCAUCACUUACAGGAGAGAAGGAACCCAAGGUCCUGUCAACUCAUCAUGAGGGAAUGCUAAAGAGAAACUGUGAUGAAAAUGAAAUGAGAGAUGAAGUUUAUCAUAGAAAAAUAAUUUCUUGGUUUGGAGAUUCUCUAUCAGCAUCUUUUGGCUUGCAUCAGCUGAUAGAAUAUGGAAAGAAGUCAGGAAAAAUAGCUGGAGACUGGUAUGGGCCUGCUGUUGUAGCACACAUUUUAAGAAAAGCUGUUGAAGAAGCAGGAGACCCUGAGUUAAAAGGAAUAACUGUCUAUGUUGCUCAGGACUGUACAGUUUACAAUUCAGAUGUUGUUGAUAAGCAGUGCUCUUUUAUUGGCUCUGGUACUGGAGAUACAAAAGCUGUAAUUAUAUUAGUUCCUGUACGACUUGGUGGAGAGAGAACAAACAUGGACUACUUAGAGUUUGUAAAGGGAAUUUUAAGCCUUGAAUACUGUGUUGGUAUUAUUGGUGGCAAGCCUAAGCAGUCAUAUUACUUUGCUGGAUUUCAAGAUGACAGUUUGAUUUACAUGGAUCCUCAUUACUGCCAAUCUUUUGUAGAUGUCAGCAUAAAGGAUUUCCCUCUUGAGUCAUUCCACUGUCCUUCCCCCAAAAAGAUGUCAUACAAAAAAAUGGAUCCUAGCUGUACAAUAGGAUUUUAUUGUAGAAAUGUGCAAGACUUUGAAAGGGUUUCUGAAGAAAUAACUAAGAUGCUGCAGUCUUCCUCCAAGGAGAAGUAUCCCUUAUUUACUUUUGUAAAGGGUCAUUCUAGAGACUGUGACUUUGCUUCCAGUCCACUCCAUGAAGAAAAUGACCUUUUCUUUGAGGAUGAAAAGAAAAGAUUAAAAAGAUUUAGUACAGAGGAGUUUGUCUUGCUUUAAGGACACUUUAUACUAGUGUAUUGGCAGCUGUCCAGGGGAACACUUGCCCAUUUAAAAAAAGAAAAACACCAAACAGAGAGCAGGCAACACUGAAACUGGUCUGUUUCAUAGACAAUAAUGUUUUAUAUGUUAAUGAUCUUUAAAAUGUCAUUUAUAAAUAUGUACCAGCUAAUUAUUUUUAUUCAUUGCUAUUUGAGUGAAUAUAAGGUUACUUUAUGCUACGGAUGACAGCAUUGUUUAGAGUUGGGUCCAAUGUAAUGUGGAGAGGUGAUGGACAAAGCUGUGUUGUGUGCUCAGUCCUCACUUGUCACUUCCACCAUAUAUUUAUUUAGUCUUAGGUCAAUUGUGAAAAGAUGCUGCAAUUAAUGCGGUGGUUUUGUGAUGGAGACACAUGAAACUACCAGAUCACUUUCUCUUUCAAGCAAAAUUUUAAUCUAGUGCUUUUGAAGUGAGAUUAGUGCACUAACCUAUUUUAUGACCUCUAAGCCCCACUAAUGGUUAAUAAUGUAAUCCUGAGAACUCUUUUGCACUACCCUGUUUGAGAUGUAACUUUGAUAUAUCAGUAGUAAUUGUUAUCUGCAAUAGUGAUGCAAUUAUAUAAGCAGAAUUGUGAGUUAAGGUACUACUUAGCAGCCUGAUUUUAUAAUGACUACUCAUUAAGCUUGCUGUUGAACCUUAAUUCGAGGAGUGAAGAAUAAAGUAUUAGCUUUCCCUUCAAUACUUAAAGGUUAUGUUAUUAAUAUUAACUGCAACCAAUCAAAGUAGAUAAAGACAAUUAUUAGAUGAGAACACAUUUGUUUCCUGUCGCGACCAAUAUCAUUUUCAGACCUCCAUUCCUACCAGUGCAGCUUCUAAAUUAAACCACUAAGCAGUAAAUUGGAGUUAGAGGGUAAAUAUUUUAGGAUAUGAUCUUCCUGGUACUUAUUGUUUCCAUACAUCAGUUAUUAGGUGUUCUGAACUUUAAAAAAAGAAUCACAAAUAAAUGUAUGUAAAUAGUUUCAUGCUUAAAACAAAUUCAGAGUUUAACAUGCACAUUAACACUGCCUGGAAAAUAGAAGAAAAUAUUUUAAUAAAGGUGUGAGAAUACUAAAUGUAUUUGCUUUUUAAUUUUAUGGUAAAUUCCUCAUGUUAGAAUGAUUUUAAUCCUGCAUCUAAAACAAUAUUGUGAGGUGUGAAUGCUUUGUUUAUUUGUAAUAAAGACAAAUUUUAUUGUUGUGUUGUAAACCAAAUGUUAACUUAUUCUAAAGUGCCAUUCAGACACAGAAGGCACAAAUGUUAUCUAUCCAAAUAAUAAACUUCCUAUGUAUUCACU